AUGACAUUCUCGUCACCAACACUCCGGACUCGCGGUAGUAGCGGCAGUGACCAUCUCAUGUAUUUGGCUAAACCUCGACGUGCACGUGGUAGUAUGGAUUCCACUAUUUCAUCUGCUAGUGGAAAUGAUGGUAGUAACAGCAGCUCGGUCCUUCGUGUCUCAAAAGAGGUGGAAAAUAUUGGAGCACGUGUAGCCAUGUCGAAGAAGCGUAUCACAUGGCGCUUUGUGCUUGCAGGAUCGGAGCAAGUGCACACGUUGAUGCUAGAGCAUAGUCGUAUUUCGGCCAAGAAACGGCUGAAGCUAGACGGUCAUCAGUUGUUCACGACGGAGCAAUACGCGACGAAUUGGCAUUACGAUUUUCAUGUAGGAGUAGAUCCUUCGACGCCAUGUCGCAUGAUUAUUCGAGACUUGAAAACAUCUGUUGUGGACGAAGGAAGACUUGAGACUAUCUAUGAUUUGGUUGCAGAUGGUGUGAAUUGGGACCAGCUGGCGGAAAGAUGUAUACCUGUUGCUUUUCGACACCCGGCAGUCUCAGUUUGGAGCAGCGACAUGUAUGUGCGACGUGUGGAGGAAUCGCGUGGUGAGUUAUUAAGUGAUGGUGGUGAACGUCCACCGGGCACGCUAUUGACGUGGACGUUUGCAUUUGGUUUGAAUGGCAGUGUUCAUAAGCUGGAAUUGAGGGAUUUGGAAAAGGGCGAGUUUGUAGUCGUUUUGGACUGUCGCGAACUUGAACGCAUUGAUUUUGACGAUAUUCAAGGAGAUACGUGGGAGUUUGAGUACGAUCUGGAGGACCAACACGAGCUGGACCUUGUCGUGACCCUAGUGGAUGAACACAAAAUAUAUGACUUUUUCAUUGAUGGGAGCGCUUGGAACGAUAUCAGCGAGACCAACUUUGUGCUUGAGUCAGGAUGGUACCCCGUGUUUUCCCGUUCGCGAAGCGCCGUGUAUUUCCGUCACGAAGGAACGGGCAACACGCAGUGGGAGAAACCCAUUAUGGAUCGUAAGGAUUCGCUGGCUAACCGGCCAUUGCAGAAGUUUGAACAGGUAUCCCCGGUCUCGCAGGGACUAGAUGACUUGGUCCAUGGAAUGUACGCCGUUUCUGUCAAGGAGACUCAUGAAGAACCUGAGUCCGAGCGUGAACAUGCGCCUCAGCUUGUGCCGAUGAAGCAGCCGCUUCAACCCGUGCUGGAAAUACCGGAAGGACCUGACGUGCAAGAGGCCAACCUGAUUGACUUUUCGGACGUGGUGAUGCAUGUGAAUACUUCUGAGAAUGGUGGGUGUGAAGGAUUGGAUCCGUUUCACUCUACCACGCACACAGGUUUCGUAAAAAAGGAAGAGAAGGGUCAGCAGUCAAAGCAGCCAGUGGACCUGUUGAGUAUGUAG